AUGAACAAAUUUAAGACUUGUCGCGAGAUACUUUUGCUUAGCUAUGCAGACAACAACAUUUCGGACGAAGAAUUUGUUCCAUCACACGACUGUUAUCGUUCGAAAAAUCCAGAUCUCGGCUAUCAAUCGUAUCAUGAUAUUUUUGAUCCAGAAAACAUGAAUUCAGUCGACUGCAAGGCCGACCUUCGAGUUGAAAAGGCAGACCUUCCUCGCCUUGAAGAUGCCUUACAUAUUCCCGCAGUGUUCCAUUGCAAACAGAGAAGACUUUGUGAUGGUUUGGAGGGACUGUAUUUGCUGCUGAGACGAACAAGUUAUCCCUGCAGAUUCAGAGAUAUGAUUCAACGUUUUCCAAGACCAGUUUCUGUAUUGAGUUUAAUUACAAAUUAA